UAAUAAAAAUAUUAAAUAUAUGCUCAAAUAAUUAUUUAUUUUAUUGUUGACUUCAUUAUUCCUUACUGAAGCAGCUGAAAAUUAAUUGACUAUUGCUUUCGGAUCAUGCUUUAAAUUUUACAGAACUCAUGAUACAGAUGUUUUUUAAAGAAUUUAAUCUUUUAAUCCUAAAUAUUUUUUUUGGUUAGGAGAUGCUGCUUAUAUUGAUUACAUGCCUAUUCUUGGUAUUUGGAGAUCAGAACUUAAUGAAACUAGAGUUAAAGAAAAAUUUGAUAUCACUAAUGAUGAUAAAUAUUAUGUUCNCCAGUUGAAAAGAGAGGUUUUGGAAGAGGAGGAAGAGGAUAAAGAGAAAGAAGAGAAGGAGGAGCUCCAAGAUAAAAUAGAGGUCCAAGAAGAUUUGGAGGAGAAUAAGAAUGGACUCCAUUAACUAAAUUAGGUAGAUUAGUAAAGGCAGGUAAAAUUAAGAGUCUCGAAACAAUCUUCUAAUUUUCAAUUCCUAUUAAAGGUAAAUUUGAAUAAUUUAUAUAUUUUAGAAUAUUAAAUAGUUGAUCAUUUCCUUAAGAAUUUGAAAGAAGAACCACUUGCACUUGGUCCAGUUUAAAAACAAACUUGUGCAGGUUAAAGAACAAGAUUUAAGGCAUAUGUUGUAGUAGGAGAUGGUCAUUAACAUAUUGGAUUGGGAUGGAAAUCAGCCAAAGAAGUUUAAGGAGCAAUUAAAGGAGCAGUCAUUAAUGCUAAAUUAAAUUUGAUUCCAGUAAGAAAAGGAUAUUGGGGAAAUAAGAUUGCUUAACCACAUACAGUCCCAUGUAAAGUAACAGGAAAAGAAGGAUCAGUCAGAGUUAGAUUAGUACCAGCACCUAGAGGUACUGGUAUCGUUGCUGCCAUUACAUCAAAGAAAGUCUUAUAAAUGGCAGGAAUUUAAGAUUGUUAUACUUAAUCAAAGGGAAGUACAAGAACUAGAUCUAAUUUCUUAAAGGCUACAUUCCAUGCUCUUAAGGAAACAUACAAUUUCCUUACACCAGAUCUUUGGGGACAUACUAAAUUAGAAUCAACACCAUUCUAAGAACACAGCGAAUAUUUAGCUGCCUUAAAAUGAGAUCAAUUUAUCAUUAGUAUAAUAAAAAUAUUAAAU